UCUUGCGGGCGGCCAAUGAGCAGCGAGCGCACGCGCUUGAAAAGCGUUUCCAUCUGCUGCUCUCCGCAGAAUCAAAACAAAGAUCAGCAGCUCACAGGCACUUCUCAUGUGCGACAGUCUUCAUUAAGGGUCAUGAGGGGGAUGCUGGUCGUCAUAUUUCAGGCUCUGCUGUGGCCUGUCUCAGCAUCAGCCUUGUUUACAGUCAGUUUACAGGAGAGCACCUAUGAAGCAAAGCUACAUGAGGACGUCAAUCUAGAGUGUUUGUUCUCCUCGGUUAAAAGUCCUUCUGACCUCACUGUCAUAUGGAGCCGAGUCGAGCCGAAGCCGUUCGUGGAUGUGUAUCGGCUGGAGAGAGGAAUAGAGAAUCACAAUUACACCAGUGCAAUGUUCAUAAAGCGUGCACAGCUCAUCCACGAACAGCUGAAGGACAACCGAGCGGUGCUGCACUUGAAAAAGCUCCAGAUAAAAGAUUCAGGCACAUACCGCUGUAUCGUAAAAGAUAAAGAUGAUGGAGACUACAAGCAACUCGUGCUCAGUGUUACAGCUCCUUAUACUCUCAUUAAGAAGGCCAUCGUGAAGACGGGUCAGGACGAGGUCGAGCUCUCCUGUGAGUCUCAGGGAUUCCCGUCCGCUCAGGUCAUCUGGAGCGAUGGCCAGAACACAAACCUCACAGAGAUGUCCAACAGCACCACACGGUCUACAGAUGAAGAUCUCGUCCACAUCAUCAGCAAGCUGACGGUCAGACGAGACCUGGUGAACAACUACACCUGCUCGUUCCUCGUGAAGGGUGGCACCCAGCAGACGGCCACCUUCAGCAUCCCGGAUGAAAUCCCUCCUCACUGUUCUACUCCAUACGCGUGGAUUGUCGCUGUUUUGGUCGUGCUUUUAGCCAUUGUCUUCAUCUCCAUCAUUGUCCGUAUGAGAAAAAACGGUCAUAAAACCAGACUGAGUGAAUCAUCUAAUUGUGCUUUCUUCCUCCCACAAGCAUCCUCUGCCACCACUGAUUCUUUAUUGACCGUGAACGAGAACAAGCUGCAAAUAUGUGACGUGAUCUCAGAAGAAGCUACAGAAAAACCUCAAUCCCUGAGGAACGUGCUUAUACGACAGUAUUCACAGCUCGACACAAACGCUCAGAUGAAACACACACUUGUGUCACAUGCACUUCUCAGCAAAGAAGGACAAUCUCUAAACAUCACCUCAGUCCUGCCUGAUAAGAAAGAAACCAUCCUUCUGCUUGGAGAUCCAGGCAGCGGGAAAACCAGCGUGGCCCAAAUCCUGGCGUCCUGCUGGGCUGGAAGUACCACGACAGACCCCUUCAACAUCCGCCGGCUCCAUCUGGUUUUCCACGUGGACUGUAGCCGAGCGAAAGGAGACUUUUUCCAGCUGGUAAAGUCCAGCAUUUAUCAUGAGAAACCAGUAGACGUGUCUGAGCUCAGAGAGAUGCUUCUGGGCCCGACGGACUGUUUGCUCAUCCUGGAUGGAUAUCAAGAGCCAAACAAGGACCUGGAUGAAACACUCGAAUGGUUUCUAAAAAUGCGGCAGACGUGCAGGGUGUUAGUGACAUCACUUCCAGGAAAAUGUCCAGCCUUGGAGAACAACACCGGGACAGUACUCCGCCUAAUUCAGAAACCUGCAUCGUGAGAUCGGACACAUUUCAUAUUUGCACGGACUACGCUUUUGCAAUCUCAUGUUGCAGCAAUGUGCAAAUUCAGCGGGUUUAGAUGAUGGAUCUGCCUUAUGCUUCUUGGGAAUUUUUAAGUUCUGACUUUUGGUAAAACCGGACACAUCUGGCAGGAGACCAAACCGUUUCACAAUACUUGAAUUCAGUUUUUUUCUUCAAAGACCAAGUACAGGAAAAGAGAAAUGAGAUCACAGCUCUUAAACCUUAUUUCUGCGAACACUGAAGAAAAAAGUGUUGCACUCAGAAAUCAGUAGUAAAUGUUACAGAGAAACUGCUAGCAACACAUUGACUUGAUUGUGACUUUUCUUGUAAAACGUUUUAUUUACAGAAUCAUCUGCACUUCUUAUUGUUCAAUGCAUAUGUGUUUAACUGUUCCAGAUGUGCAUGUUUUCUGCAUAACAUAGUACCAAACUAACUAUAACUACUGUUUUAUCCGACAGAUCAUUAACUCAGAGACUAAUCGUGCCAAAAGCAACUUCUCUUUUAGAUUUACUUCAAACUUUCUGUAACAACGACGUACUUUCGUUUUGUUUAUUCAUGUCAAAUGUGAUUUAUUUUCAUAAAAAAACCAAUGAAAGUGAAAA